GAACCAAAAAAAACAAACCACAAAGCAUACAAUAAACAAAGAAACUCAAAGACACACAAGCAAAAAAGUCUUUAAAAACCUUAAAAUGGGGAAAGGAGGAAACUAUGUGACGGUGGCGGCUUCAGAGGUGGAGGAGCUACGGAGGAAGAACGGAGAGAUGGAAAAGGCUGUGGAGGAGAUGAGGAAAGAGAUGUUGCAGCUGUGGCGGAGGACGCAGGUGGCGGAAGAGGCGGAGGAGCGUCUCUGCUCUCAGCUAGCCGAGCUUGAAGCUGAAUCUUUAGACCAGGCUCGUGAUUACCACUCUCGCAUCAUCUUUCUCAUGAACGAGCUUUCUCGUCUCUCUUCCGACUCAGCCUCCGCCUCACCGUAGAACAGCACAUGUAGAUAUAAAGAUGAAGGUAGAACGCAAGCCAAAUUGCAAAAGACUAUUUAUCACUAGAAGCAUUUCACUAGACCUCCAAGACUGAACCGUCAACUGUAGAUAACUCAAAGUCAUCGAUAUAUCACAUCAUCUUCCGCGUCUUGUGAGAGCAACCCGAAAAUCACAACUACGGCAGAUAAAUCGAAUGUUGUUUAGAAGGUAUUUAAGACUCCUUUAGAAAAAGAAACCAGUUGUAUGAUAAUCUUGUUCGAGUGGUUAAAUUGACAAGUUUGAUAAAAGUUGUUUAAGACUACAAGUUUUUGUAGACUAUAUUUAAUCCAUGUGUCUCUGAAGGAGUUUAUAGUUCCA